AUUUAUACAGAUGAUUUUAGAAUCACUUGCUGUACGUGUGUUAUAGAAGCGCUGAAAUUGUUAGUGGUUUUGAUUACAGUUUUAUAGAGAGAUGAUGGAAGCGGGAUGGUUAAUAUGACAGACACUGCUGAUGCUGCACCGGAAUGCCGCGGGCCUCGACCUCCCGGCGUGUGCGUCCCUGAGCUGCGCCUUCGCCGGUGACCAGGCGAUGGAAGCCGCCCCAGGGUGCGACGGCAGCAGCGCCUGCAGCACAGGCGGUGCCGGUUUCUACGGCGCCAACGUAGGCCGACUCAUGGACGAGCGGUGCUGCAAGGGCACGCAGGGGCCCGACUCGCACGCCCUCCUGAGCGGCGCGCCCCUCAGGAUCAUGAAGAGCCGCCUCGGCGAGGGCUGCUUCGACGUCACUCUCAACGACGGCUCAUCCGGGACAUUCGUGAAGGUGCCCGUGAAGGGCCCUCCGGCCAUCGCGCCCGCGCCCGUCGCCCUGCCCCCCGCUGAGGCUUGCGAGCCCCCCGAGAAGGCGCCCUCCAAGCCGCUCCUUCGAGAGAAAAUGAGCCCCGGGAAGGACGCAGUCGAGCCCGAGAGGCCCAGCAAGCCCGCCCCCGCGAAGGCGAGCGCGCGCGUGAUGCGGGCGGGCGGGCGGCACCAGCUCAUCGACAUCCACGGCCUCGCGGUUUUCCUGAGGCAGUCGACGCGGUGCUUGUCCUGCCAGGCGGCCUGCUGCCUCUACGUCACCGGGACCAUCUCUGCGCACCUGGCGGCCGUCACGCAGGUGAAAAUAACGUGCCAGAAGUGCCACUACACGGCGUCCCAGGCCCUCGCCCGCCCGCCCUCCUCCGCGGACGACAUCGGCCUCCCUCCGCCCACGCAGCCCACCCCCGCCACCCCGCCCAACCCACCCCCACUCCCUGACCUGCCCCCCACCCUGGCGCCCCCUCACCACCCCUCCCCCUACAUGCUGCAGCCCCACCUGUUCCCCUCCGACCCGAUCCUCCCCGCGCGCCCCCCCGCCCCCUCGCUCGCCUCGCCCAAGGUCAAGUCUUCGCCUGCGUGGACGCCUUCGACUUCUACGAGCACCUCCCCUUCCGCCUCUUCUUCUUCUUCCUCUUCUUCGUCCUCUUCCUCCUCCUCCUCUUCCAACAGUCUUCACAGCCUCCUCACUCUGGACACGCUGCGCCCUCUGGAGGAAGUGUGGGUCAAGGAGGAGGGUCAGACGUCCCCACAGGAUCAAGGAACCCCUACUGCAAGUGGCGCGGGCGUAGACGCUGCUGCCUCCACCGCCCCCAGCACGCCCUUCCUGCCCUUGGACCUCCCGCUGCCCUCCGUCAACCUCGAGUGGCGAUCGCAGAGCCACCUGGGGACCGCUGGAGCCACCAAUAUCUCUGCGCCGAUGAGGCCUCUGCCCUACGCGCCGGACAAGAGGAACAACUCAGACCCCCCUGCUCCCCCCCUCGACACCCCGCCCCCAGGGACGCCCCCCAGGAAGGACCCUCCCGCGCUUGACGCCCGAGAGGGGUCAGUGGAAGCCUGCCCUGACUCGGCGCCCAAGUCGGGUGAAGCCUCGACGUCCCGCGUGUCUUCUCCUUCGUCCUCUUCGUCGUCGUCUUCGCCGUCCGUCAGCUCCAGUUCCUACACUUCGUCCUCUUCCUCGUCGGCGUUCCUUUCACCGGCGUCGUCGCCGCUGUUUCCGAAUCCGGCGUCGACGUUGCUGAAGCUCCUGUCGUCGUCGGUGUUUCCUCCGUCGCCUCUGCCCUACCCCUCCCCACUCUACUCCGGCCUCCUCCCCCAGCCCGUCCUGCCUGACCAAGCCCACGCGCUCGGGGCGCUCGAGAUCAAAAGGAAACUGGAGGCCGACCUUGAAGAGUCGCUGCGGCUUGUCAGGAAGAUGAUCUACAAGUGCUCCCCCGUCUCCUGUGAGAAGACGGGCCUCCCAAGGGGCGAAGGAGACUCCGAAGUGAAAUCGCUGCCUGAGGUCCCCGUCGACGAGUCCUCCUCGGCGACCAAACGCCAGGACGCCUUCGACAACAAGUCUUUAAUCAGUUCAUAUGAGAGAGUUUUCAGUCUGCUGGAUGGUAAAGCAUUUCCCGGCAUAGAGAACCUUGCUGGUGAAGGCGUUCCGCGGUGGUCUACUUCUGACGGUGCUCUUGAUCUCUCGAAGGACUUUCAGCGCUUGAACGAAUGUCUUAUGGAUAGCAGCUUUGGAUCGAGAACUAAGAAUAAGCGCUCAAAGGACCAGGGAUCUCAAAGGAAGCGAUUAAAAGGGGGCAGUGAAGGGAAUGAAAGGAAAAGACAGAAACACGGUUCAAAGAAAAAUGAACAUCAGCCACUGUCUUCAACUAAAUGUGUUACAGACAAAACUGCCCCUGGUUUCACAUCAUCUGACGUUCGUACUGGUAGCACACAGCAGGAAUUCGGCAGCACUAACAAGAUGGACCCUCGCGACUCUGCCAGACACAGUAGACAAAAAUCUAAACGCAGUUCGGGUGGGAGACGCGACCACAAACACUCAAGCAAACAUAAAGCAAAUGACGUGAAGGCGAGAAUUCUCGAUGACACAUCUCAGAAAAAAUCACGGAAGGAUAAACAAAGAUGGACAAAAACGAAACAGUUAAAGACUCUGGAAACCUGUCGUUGCUGCCAAGAUUCCACUACCAGUUCCGACACCUCAACACCACAGACGCACGAGGUAGAGCGCACAAGACUACACGAGAUGAAACCAGGCAGCUUCACCCUACCGAAGAAGUGCCUGAAGGAGACUCCCGGCAUCUCCUCAGUCCACGCAAACAGAAGUGCCAAAUCCUGUGCAAGUAAAUUCUCAACCAAACCAACUGGAAAACCCGAAAACGCACCGACGCAGCUACCGUACCUCCGUAACGACCGCAGCGACAGUUCAGCGGCACAGAAAACCCAGGUAGUCUGCAAGGAAGAAGACAGCAGUCCCAUGGCGGAGGGCGAGAGGGAACAGAAGCCCCAUUUGUCUGGAGACGGCGAUUCUGACAGGCCGUCUUGGAGAUUCCACGACUUGCUUUCCAGCGACUCCGACAGCGAUUCUGAGGCCGGCCACCUCAUGAUUGAUACGGAUAACUGACACGCGAAGUAUUAAACAUCCUUUACAUUUGACUAUUAAACUGAGUAAUGAAUACGUAACUGACCAGUGACUAAAGUGUAAAAUGUAAUAUGUAAUGAAACUAGUUACCAGAUGUAAACGAGAAUGUGAAUACGAACCACGGACAUGUGUUCCAUUGCCAAAAAGAAAAGGGGAAAGUAUCAUGAGUCAAUUUACUAUACUGAUCCUGGUGUAUUGUUCUAGAUAUAUCAAGCACUGACCUUUAUAGACGGUUAGUGAUGCUUAGGUUAGCAAGGACCUCGUUGUGUAGUACAGUCUAGAUAGAGAUACUAGUCAGCUUCUCUGUUUAUUAGUUUAGAAUCAUUCUGUUACUCAGUCUCUUGUGAUUGACACAGUCAUUCUACUUUUUUUGUUAUCUAGUACCUGCAAAACACACACACACACACACACACACACACACACACACACACACACACACACACACACACACACACACACACACACACACACACACACACACUCUGUCUCUCUCUCUCUCUUUUAAUAAAAAGAAAUGGGUCAGCCUAAGUCCAGUAGGCUGGGACCCUUCUCCUGGAUCAUCACCGCAUGGCAGCGACAGAUGUUUAAGCACUAAACAUGUAUUGCAUUGUAAGACUAUUAUGGCGAUGUGUAAAUUGCUCGUUACUUUAACAAUAUGCUUCAUUCUCUCAACGCAUUUUCUAGUGAUAAUCAACGAUAGAUUCCAGCCUGCUUGGUAUGAAAUGAAAAAGAAAAUGGUAAUGUACUAUAAAGGCUAGUUGUAAAAGUCAUAUGUGUAUUAGUACAAGUUUGAUUUAGUACCUGUGUCUGUUUUGAUGCAUAGAGUGUGUGAUUAACGACAAGGCAAUUACCUGUUAGCGGCCACAAAGUAUCUGUUAGUCAAACUACAGCUGGACACAUAAACAAGAAACUGUUUCACACACCAACACCCCCGGUAAAGUUAAUGCAAAGGUAAUGGUAUAUAUGACUAUGUGUGAGAGAUGCCUUCUUUUUGUGGGACCAGCAUUAAUGAAGAGACUAUGGUGGCUGCCAGAUGUGUCGCAUUCGUGACAUAGAUAAGUAAAUCACACUGUAUCACGUUGCUCUUAGUGGUAAAGCUUUAACUGUUGAAUAAAACUGAUCUGUUAUUCUGCACAUUGUACCAGUAUAUGUUACUUCUCUAUGUUCCCUCAUACCCAGAGAAAACAUUUAUUUAUACCAUCCUAUUAUGCAGCACAAAUUGUACUUUACACGGUCGUCUGAUAAUUUUCAAAACUGAAGAUAAAAGUCAAUAUCUAUAUAGACCAGUCAUAGAUACAAGAAGCUCAAUCGCAGCGCUAUCCAGUCAAGUGCAACAGAAACGGUCAUGAAAAAACAGGGAAGUUAAAGUAAAUAACUGUCAAAUCAAUUGCAUUUCAGUUUGUACAAAGCAAAUUGAUAUGCAAGUAUAACUAUAUCAUGGACAGAAUAACUAAAGAAAAAGGUAAUGAAAGAUAUUUAUCACAUUAUUUUCCUUGAUACGAUAAAUGAUCAAAUUGGCUCUCCUGUUACAUUAGUCAUUGUGGGUUACAGUAGUGGUGAAUAACAUUUUGACGCUAUGCCGUUGUACUCCACGAUGCUAAAUGCAUUAUAAUACAGCAAUAAAGAUCUUGUGAAAGUUGUAUAUUUAGCAAUUCAUUGUU